AUGCUGACUCUUUGUUUUUUCAUCCUGGAAAAGGCUCAGGUGGAGGCAAAGCGUGAGCAUGAGGGGGCGGUGCAGCUGCUAGAGUCCAAGGUCCGUGAGCUGGAAGAGAAAUGCCGGACUCAGAGUGAACAGUUCAGCCUGCUGUCCCGGGACCUGGACAAGUUCCGGCAGCACGCGGGGAAGAUUGACCUUCUGGGGAGCAGCGUGGUGGCCCCCCUGGCUGGCUCCCCGGCCCCUGGCAAGCCUCUCCCGCAGCUCGUGAAUGGCCUAGCCCCCUCCAUCGGCAAAGGUCCGGAGAGCGCUGUCGGAGGCUGCUCUGUGGUUGGUGACUAUAUCCGGCCCCACCCAUUCCCCGGGGACACGCCGGGGCCUCUGCCCGCCAAGCCCACCCUUCUGUCCAGAUCCGGUAGCCCGAGAUGCAGAUUUGAGCCAGACAUGGAGAAUGAACGGAAUUCUAGCACCCCCAGGCAGAGAUACUCGGGGAAGGUGCACCUGUGCGUGGCCCGAUACAGUUACAACCCCUUCGACGGGCCCAAUGAGAACCCGGAGGCAGAGCUGCCACUCACGGCAGGGAAGUACCUCUACGUCUACGGAGACAUGGACGAGGAUGGCUUCUACGAAGGGGAACUCCUGGACGGCCAGCGGGGCCUGGUGCCCUCCAACUUCGUGGACUUUGUGCAGGACAACGAGUCGCGCUUGGCCAGCACGCUGGGGAAUGAGCAGGAUCAGAACUUCAUCAACCAUUCCGGCAUCGGCUUGGAGGGCGAGAACAUUCUGGACCUCCACUCCCCCACGCACAUAGACUCAGGCGUGACCGACAACAGUGCGGGGACGCUGGACGUGAACAUCGACGACAUCGGAGAAGACAUCGUGCCUUACCCUAGAAGAAUCACCCUCAUCAAACAACUCGCCAAAAGUGUCAUUGUGGGCUGGGAGCCCCCGGCCGUGCCGCCGGGAUGGGGCACCGUGAGCAGCUACAACGUCCUGGUGGACAAGGAGACGCGCGUGAGCCUCACCCUGGGGAGCAGAACUAAGGCCCUCAUCGAAAAGCUCAACAUGGCCGCCUGCACCUACCGCAUCUCGGUGCAGUGCGUCACAAGCAGGGGCAGCUCGGACGAGCUGCAGUGCACCCUGCUGGUGGGCAAGGACGUGGUGGUGGCCCCGUCCCACCUGCGGGUGGACAACAUCACACAGAUCUCGGCCCAGUUGUCCUGGCUGCCCACCAACAGCAACUACAGCCACGUCAUCUUCCUCAACGAGGAGGAGUUUGACAUCGUCAAGGCUGCGAGGUACAAGUAUCAGUUCUUCAACCUCAGGCCCAACAUGGCCUACAAGGUCAAGGUCCUGGCCAAGCCCCACCAGAUGCCGUGGCAGCUCCCCCUGGAGCAGAGGGAGAAGAAGGAGGCCUUCGUGGAGUUCUCCACGCUGCCUGCAGCGUUUGUGAAGCCCGUCGUUGUGGACGAUCUGACCUGCAAGGCAGCGACGUCCUGGCUGGUGGGACAGGCCUCCUUCGAGGAGGAAGACGUCCCGGGGGCUUCGGGCUUUCGGGGCAUGCGGGAGGUGGCAGUGGGUGGGGACAGUGGGCAGGGCCGCCGAGACACCCGGCAGCCUGCGAGCUGGCUCUCUCUACAGGUGGCCGAGGUCAUCUUCCCCACGGCGGACGGCACGGCCGUGGAGCUGGUGCGGCUGCGAAGUCUGGAGGCCACGACUGUGACUGCGCGCACAUUCUCUGCCCAGGGCGAGACCGUGGACUCGGGCCCCGGCCGGCGCUCCCCCUCGCCCAGCCGCAUCCUGCCGCAGCCACAGGGCGCUCCGGUGUCCAGCACGAUGGCCAAGGCCAUGGCCCGCGAGGCCGCACAGAGGGUGGCCGAAAGCAGCAGGUUAGAGAAAAGGAGCAUCUUCCUGGAGAGGAGCAGUGCAGGGCAGUAUGCGCCCUCAGACGAGGAAGACGCCUACGAGGCCCCCGACGUCAAGCGGAGGGGCGCGUCGGUGGACGACUUCCUCAAAGGGUCCGAGCUCGGCAAGCAGCCCCACUGCUGCCAUGGUGAUGAGUACCACACGGAGAGCAGCCGGGGGUCCGACCUCUCGGACAUCCUGGAGGAGGACGAGGAGGAGCUCCACUCCGAGAUGCAGCUGGAGGACGGGCGGCGGCCCAGUGGCCCCUCCCACAACGCCCUCAAGAUUUUAGGAAACCCGGCGUCGGCAGGACGGGCGGACAGGGUGGAUCACCUGGGCCGGAGGUUUCCCCGCAGCAGUGCUGGUCCUCAGAGGUCCCGGCCCGGGACAGGCCCGUCCAUCGAUGAGUACAGGCGCGACCGCCUCUCUCCGGACUUCUACGAGGAGUCGGAGACCGACCCUGGCGCCGAGGAGCUCCCGGCCCGCAUCUUUGUGGCCCUCUUCGACUAUGACCCACUCACCAUGUCCCCGAACCCAGACGCCGCCGAAGAGGAGCUGCCCUUUAAAGAAGGCCAGAUCAUCAAGGUUUAUGGUGACAAAGACGCCGAUGGGUUCUACCGUGGGGAGACCUGCGCCCGGCUCGGCCUCAUUCCCUGCAACAUGGUCUCCGAGAUCCACGCAGAUGAUGAGGAAAUGACAGACCAGCUUCUCAGGCAGGGCUUCCUCCCCCUGAACACCCCUGUGGAGAAGAUAGAGAGAGGCAGGAGAAGUGGCCGGCGUCACUCUGUGUCCACCCGCAGGAUGGUGGCUCUGUAUGACUACGACCCCAGGGAGAGCUCGCCCAACGUGGAUGUCGAGGCUGAACUUACAUUCUGCACGGGAGAUAUUAUAACUGUUUUUGGUGAAAUUGAUGAAGAUGGAUUUUAUUAUGGGGAGCUGAACGGGCAGAGAGGCCUUGUUCCCUCCAACUUCCUGGAAGAAGUGCCUGAUGAUGUGGAAGUCUACCUUUCUGACGCUCCGUCCCACUACCCUCAAGACGCCCCCAUGCGCUCCAAGGCCAAAAGGGUUCCUCCUGAGGGGUCAGGGACAGCAAGGAGCGCUCCAUCCCCCACAGUCCAUCUCCAUUCGGGGUCACCUACGUCAUCUAUGGGUUCUGGUAGUCCUGGGAGAGGCAGGGAAAUGUCCUCGAAAAAGAAAAAGGGGCUGCUUUCCAAAGGCAAGAAACUGCUGAAAAAGCUGGGUGCAGUGAAAUGACCCUUGUGCUUCCGGACAACUUCCAGAGCGAUGUAAUUUUCUUUAAUUCCAAACUAGGGCUUUCAUGACUCAAGUACGUCCUAAAACCAAUCUCCACCCCCCAACCCCCACCCCCGACACCAGUACAGAAAUGCACUCUGCACCACCAUGCACUUGACACCAACCGCGAAACACAGCCCCCGCUGACAGUCUGCCACUGUCCAAGGUCCGAUGCGGGAGGCGGGAGGGGGCGGCUUACUCACAAACGGGGGCGACCGGCUCUGUCGCUUACCCCCACCUGUAGCUCCAGUCUUUGUGCAUUUGUCAUCCGCCCCUAGAGGAAUGAUUUCGACCUUUCUCCCCUUUCAAAAUGCUUGCCUCAUAAUGCAUAACCUUCACGUUAACUCUGGUCUUGAAAUUCCUAGUUUAAUCCGCCUUGAUGUUCUGCCUUAUAAAUGCACAAUGAUUUGUACUGUCUAAUAAAAAAAUCCAGUGUCUACUUUGUAUGUGUUGUGCAUUCAGUGGUCUUCAUCCUCACUGACACAGUGGUUCCAAAUUCAGUUGUACAGGCUGUGCAUUUUAAGAUACUGGGUUUGGUCUUUCAAAGCAAGCCAGGCAACACACAGCAAAUGUUUACUCAAUCAUUCAAAAAAGAGAAAAGGAGAGAAAGUAACUUUGCUUGGUAAAGUACCAGUACUCCAACCUGCCAGAAAACUGAUAAUCUUCAUUGCUUUCAGUGUUACACAUUUUAUGGCAUAUGGUUUUCUGUUACUUUCAUUAUUUGUCAAAAUGCCAUACCCCCAACACUCAACAAUGAAUGGCACACAGUAAGCCACAUCGUGCAUAAGCCACAUCCCAAACAUCCUAAAUUUAAAUCUGUUCAAAACGACCCACAGCCAUCAUCAUUGGCACUUGAACAAGACUUACACAGUUGCUGGCAGAUGUAUCUGAUGGUUACUCUUUUGUAAUUCCUGUCCACUUGUACAUUGUUUUUACUCUUUAUACAUACUUUUCAGACUGCCUUUCUUUUGUAAUUUAUGGACGGUUUAUAAAUGAAUGACAAAGCUCUCCCCAUUGUGUCUUCAAAACCUGUAUUAUAAACUGUGAUAUAAUACUCUGUGGUAGAUUUCCUAAGAGGAACUUUCUCAGUGUGUGGUUAAGCUCUGUGUGGGUGUGUGCAUGUGUACAGUUAGUGUAAAAUAUUUUCUAGAAAUAAAAUUUGUUAUUUUAUACAA